UCUACUAACUAAGAUUAUCAUAUAAUUUUGUCUUUAUAUUUCUUUCUUGCUAGGCAUAAAGCUACCUAGUUUGAGCUGUGUUCUUCAGUUAAAUUGGAGUCAUGUGUUUGUCUAUUUCUUCCAUCACAUGAAACAUAUAGAAUAUGAUUUUGUCUUCCUCUUAGGAUUAAACCCCAUUCCUUUUGAAUUUCUCUUACAAACAUAUGGUUGUUCAUCACUAUUCUUGGUUCCAAAUAGAUAACAUCACAGACCAAGAUUGAGACCUCUAUCGAGUUCCCUUCAAGGCAUUUAUAGUUAAACCAACUAUUCCAUUUAGAUUACUGCAUCACUUAUGAGCUGCUAGCACUCUUCGGCUCAAUUUUUAUAGAGAUUGAUCAGAAGUUGACAUGAGUAUGAGUGAACAAUUUGGUUCAGAAAGAUCAAAUCCAUGGAACAUUCACUCAAGUUCAGAACCUAGUCCUUCCCAAACACAAGUUAACAGACAAGGACAAUGGAAGAACUUUGGCACAUCGAUGGAUGCCAUUUCUUUUGGUUUUGUUGCUACAGCUAUCCUCAUAUCUAUGUUUCUCAUCAUGGCCAUCUUUGAACAUCUCUUCAAGCCUAGCCCCCCCUUCUCUUCGGCUCAAGAUAGUAGAAACAGUUCCUUGGAGUUGGGCUCGAUUCAGAAACGUGCAAGUUCACAAACAGUAGAAACACCAUAUCCGUCAGAUUACACAGUUUUGAUGCCAGGACAACAGUAUCCUACCUUCAUUGCCAAGCCAACUCCACUGCCUUGUCCAAGGGAAGGGGUUUAUUGGCCUUCCCAUGGACAUAGUUUCCCCUUCUCUUAAUGUUUCUAAAAGAAUAGUUAAUUUUAUCAUAUGUUUAAAUCCUAGAAAGAAUAUUUAUGUAAUCUUAAAAAAUGUCACCAAUCCCAUAAUCUAGCACUCUGUUACCCUACUCUGACAUGUAAAUUAGCUGUCAGACGAAAACUGAAGUUUUGCACAUUAGGAAGAAGGAAAAUUUGGGUUGACGUUGGAUUGAUUUUGUGUAACAUACUGUCUUUUCGUCUAUUGACUGAGUUCCGCUUUUUA